UAAAUGUAAUGGAAAAUUGAGGAAUCGAUUAUAAAUGUUUUUAUUUCUACAAUGGGUAACAUUACUGUCGGUUAAAUAGCGAUGAAUUCAAAUUUUUAAAUUUCUUUUUAAAUAUUAUUUUUAUGAACUUUUUAAGAGUAUGAGAGCAUCUAUUUCGACUUUGUAAAUAAUCGUAUUUAAUUAGUUUUAUUUUUGUAAUGUUUGAUCUAGGUAUAUCUAAAUGUAUAUUUAAAGUAUAUUUUUUGAAAGUCUUUUUUAUAAAAUAAUUUUCUUAUAGCGCUAUUAAAAGUUAUAUAUCUCUUUAUACAAGGAUAUGGAUGUCAAUUAAAUGUUAUUAUAUCUAAUUUCUGUUCAUAUCAAUUGUAUGGAUUGAUAUGGAUUGGUUUCUAUGGCAACCAAAUGUAAACCAAAAGGAUCAUAAAGUGCUCUUGCAAAAUAAUGUCAGUUAUUUAUGUAUCUAUAAAAAUUAUUGUUUAUUAAUACAUAAGAUACCUGUAUCCAAUAAAGUGAAAAAAUAUCUUAAAUAAUUCAUCAUAAUGCAAAGACCACAGACAAGUAUUCCUUUGCAAAGCAAAUAUGAUAGAUUUUACAGAGGUGUAAAGAAUGAAUCUGGAGAGUUUUAUGUCACCUCUGGUACUACUCGACCAGGCACACCUGGACAAAAUGUACUGGCAAGACCACCAUCAUCAUUGGCUUUACUUAACCAUGUACCAACACCUACUUCACGGUUGAGUACAAUCAGUUCAACUAGUUCCGGAGCAUUUAACUCAGCAUUUCCUUUGCCUGGUCAGAUGAAUAUAAACGUUACGGAGAGGCCUAUCACUCAACAUGGAGUAGCAGGUUUGAGACCUGGAACAGCUAGAGGAUUGUCAAUGACCAGACAAAUUCAAGAUAAAAGAUAUUACAUUGGACUCAUGCAACUGAAAAUCAGAGAAUUAAGUCAAGAAAUUGCUGUUAUUUUCAAAGAUAUUGAAGAUCAAACUAAGGAAAGAGCUACUUAUAUACAUUAUGACAAGAGAGCCAAAGAUUUAGCUAUGGAAUUAACAACUUUGCAAGGUCAGCUGGCUGACUACAACAUCAUUGUAGAUAAAAUGACAUCUGAUGUUGGGAAAGAAAUUAUUGAACAAGAGACUGAAGAACUUGCCACAAAGAAUGAACAAAAUUUAUUGAAAAUCGAAGAUAUGUUUGAAGAAAGAAAAGAAUUAGAGCAGAAGGUAACUAAAAUAGAAAAACAGUUAGAGGAUGAAAAGAAGAGGACUGAAAGGCUUAUAGAGAGCAUGGAUUUUAAUAUGAAAGAAAAAUAUGAUGAAUUAUCAAAAGAAAAAGCAAAACUGCAAGAGAAAACAAAUGCAUUGCAACAAGAAUUGGAUGAAUUAUAUAAAGAACAAGCCUAUUUGGAAGAAGAAAUAACAUUAUCUCCAUUGAAACAGGAAGCAGUUAAAUUACAUUUGAAAAUUAUAGAAAUGGAAGAAAAAAGGGACAAGUUGAAAGAAGAAGAGAAGCAUAGAAUUUCACCAGAAGAGGAAAGAGGAAAACUAUUACAAAAAAUUAAGCAAGACAAUCUGGAUAUUGCAGCUGCUGAAGCUCAAUUGACUGAGAAAAAAAAACAGGUACAAGAAACUGAACAAAAACUCGAACAAUUGGAAACAGACAUGGAAGAUACUCAAACUGAGAAGCAAGCAAAAUUUAAAGAACUUCGUAAACGAGAAGAAGUUAUAGAGCAAUUUAUGAGUUCUUUUGAGCAGAAUAAAGAUGAUGAGACAAGAAAAAUGGAUAGAUUAGAAAAUACAAUAGUAGAAUAUUUGGAAAAUAUUUCAAAUAUGUUAAACAUUGAUAUUAAUUUUAUAGGAAAUGAUGAAAUGGCCAUUUUGAAUAAUUUACCAGCCUUCAAUGACUAUGAAUAUAGUAAGAAUGAUCAAAGUUUUGAAAAAUUAACUAAAGAAAAUUUAAAGUUGCAGCAAAUUUAUAGCGAAAUGGAAAUGUUAGAGCAGAAAAUUCAAGCAGAAUUUGUUGAUCUUAAUGAAAGAAUGGGUAACAAAGAUAAUAAAUCAAUAAUUCCGGAAGACCUAGAGAGUUUAAAAGCUAAAUUGACAUUGAAACAAGGGCAAUUAAUAGCAGAAUGUAAACAAUUGAAACAUCAACAAUUAGAAUGCGAAGAAGAAAUCAAAACAAUUCAAUUUGAAUAUGAUGAAAUAAAGCAACGUUUAGAAAAUAAUGAUAUAUACACUCAGAUUAGUGUAUUAGAGAAUACUAUGGACAAGUUGCUGGAAGAACAUAAGAAGAUUCAAGAUUUUAUUGUCAAAGAGGAGAAACGUGAUUCUGCCUAUCAUUUCAAUCCUCUAUGGUUAUUCCUUCUAAAUAUAAAAAUUUUCCACAUUAUGCGAAUAAUUGUAUAAUUAAAGUAAUAUAUAAAUAAAUAAUAAUAAAAGUGU